AUGAGUUCACCUGCAGCCACCACCUCCACCACUCUCCGUCCCACCACCUCCACCACUCUCCGUCCCACCACCUCCACCACUCUCCGUCCCACCACCUCCACCACUCUCCGUCCCACCACCUCCACCACUCUCCGUCCCACCACCUCCACCUCCACUACUCUCCAUCCCACCACAACUACGACCCCCACCACUCUCCGUCCCACCUCUACUGUGGCCACCACCACAGUCUUCACCUCGUCUCUGGCCACCACCACAUCUGACGCCACAGCCACAGACUUGACCUCCUCUGUGGCCACCAUCACAGACUUCACCACAUCUGCAACCACCACCACAGACUUGACCUCGUCUGCUUCCAGAACCACGUCUGCGGCCUCCACCAGCGACUUGACCUCUCACAACCACAGACUUGACCUCGUCUGCGGCCACCACCACAGACUCCACCAUGUCUGCGACCACCACCACACACUUGACAUCAUCUGUGGCCACCACGACAGACUCGACCACGUCUGA